UUUACUUCACUAAUCCACCUUUUUGUCACCCACGAUAUCAUAUACCAGUAUUAUCACACACUAGUAGACAGUCUAUUCAAGCAACAAGUGUCAGAAGAGGUCUUUGUGAAUAAUGGAUGAGGACUUGAUAGUGGCAAAUGAAGCAAAUCUCACAAAAACUCACGAGUCAACAAAGCAAGAAGAGAUGGUGACUGAAUGUGUGACUCAGGGUGGCAAAGCGAACCUAAAAACCAUAAAAACAGAAACGCCAUGUGAAAGCGAUCAUAAAACUGAUGAAAACAAAGUUGAUAUCAAUCAUACAGCACAACCCCCUAUAAGCGUAUAUACUGAUUUUGAUAAUUCAAGAUGUGUACUUGAUGUUAAGUGUGAAACUGCUGACACAGAUAACCAAAGCUUGGCUGCUGAGAAAUGUGUCAAUCUUGGAUCACACCUUCUAAAGCCCCGGAAAGUUUACAUAAGAGAGAAGAUGUUAUCAUGUUUUGAAUGUGGAAAAUGGUAUGCCUCAAAAUCGGAGCUUGCUAGGCAUCAAAUAACUCACACAGGUGAAAGGGCAUUUGCCUGUUCUGAAUGUGGGAAACGUUUUACCAGAAAGUCCUCUCUUGUUGCUCAUGUGAGGAUUCACACGGGUCACAAACCAUUCACUUGUUCAACAUGUGGCAGAUCUUUCCCCCAAAGCUCCAAUCUUGUUGUACAUGAGAGAAUUCACAGAGGAGAAAAACCUUUUUCAUGUUCGGAAUGUGGUAAAUGCUAUUCCACAAAGUCAUAUCUUCUUACACAUCAGAAAAUUCACACUGGUAAUAAGCCUUUUGCAUGUUCUGAAUGUGAAAAAUGUUUCCCCACAAGAUCUGACCUUAGACGGCAUGAGAGAACUCACACAGGAGAAAAACCGUAUGGUUGUUCUGAAUGCGGAAAGUGUUUCACCACUAGCUCUUACCUUGUAGCACACGAGAGAAUUCAUACAGGAGAAAAACCCUUCUCAUGUUCUGAAUGUGAAAAAACGUUUACUCAGCCUUCAAGUCUCGUUUUACAUGAGCGAAUUCACAUAGGUGAAAAGCCAUUUUCAUGUUCAGAAUGUGGAAAAUGUUUUUCCCAAAGUGGAAGUCUUGUUAUACACGAGAGAAUUCACACAGGAGAGAAACCAUUUACAUGUUCUGAAUGUGGGAAAAGUUUUAGCACAAAGUCAUAUCUUGUUACCCAUGAGCGCAUUCACACAGGAGAAAAGCCAUUCUCAUGUUCUGAAUGCCGAAGAUCUUUUACCUCAAAGUCAGAGCUUACUAUACACAAGAGAAUUCACACGGGAGAAAAGCCUUUUGCGUGUACCGAAUGUGGAAAAUGUUUUUCAAGAAAAUCGGGGCUUAGCCGACAUGAGAGAUGUCACACAGGAGAAAAACCUUUUUCAUGUUCAGAAUGUGGGAAAUGCUUUUCCCACAGAACUAAUCUUUAUGUACACAAGAGAAUACACUCAAGGUCAGAUCUGUAUGAAUGUAAUGAAUAAUAAUAAUACCAACAUCACUUUACUUGUUUUUCCAAAAUAUAUAUUUUAUGUACAUACAUUCAUAUACACACGUUUGUAUUUAAGAAAAACGA